AUGACGGAAGAAAUCGUAGCCCCUUCAUCAUCACCGGUAAUCACUGAACCUGAAGAUGAAAAUACCAAAAUGGUACCGGAAGAAAAACUAGCCAGAGAGUCGAUGAUACUCGCACCAUCGACACCUACAAAUCGUACGUUUGCCCCAUUGAACAUUCCUCUAUAUCGUCGACGACAAACUUUAACUAUACUCACAUGGUUUUUAAUGCCAUGGAUAUGCCUCUAUAUAUCCUUAGUUCUACUUCGUUGUCACAAUUGGUAUGUCGUCGGUGCAUUUAUUGCGUACUUAACAUGGAUGGUAUUUUUUCAAAAGUAUCCAUACGAAGGAGGCUUGAAACAACAGUGGUUUCGACGAUUAAAAUGGUGGAAAUGGUUUGCUGAUUACUUCCCCAUUCACUUACAUAAAACAUAUGAUUUACCACCUGAUCGUCCGUAUAUAUUUGGUUAUCAUCCGCAUGGAAUUAUUUCUUUAGGUGCACUCUGUAAUUUUGCUACUGAAGCAACAGGCUUCGAAGAAAAGUUUCCCGGAAUUGAUCUUCGUCUUCUAACGCUAAAAGUUAAUUUUCGUAUUCCAUUCUACGGUGUUUAUCUAUCCAUGAUGGGUUUAUGUGAUGCUUCGAAAGAAUCGUGCAAUUAUGUUCUGAAGAAAGGCAAUGGAAAUAGCAUUAUGUUAGUCUUAGGAGGUGCAAAAGAGUCAUUAGAUGCACAUCCGUCCCAUGAAUACAUCUUAACGUUAAAGAACCGCAAAGGUUUCGUGAAAAUAGGUUUAGCAAAUGGUGCAAGCCUUGUUCCCGUUUUUUCCUUUGGUGAAAACGAUCUCUAUGAUCAGCUAGCCAAUCCAUUCGGUUCCAAACUACGACAGAUACAAAUCAAAAUACAAAAGCGUUUAGGUUUUGCCACACCAGUCUUUAAAGGGCGUGGUAUUUUUCAAUAUGCCUUCGGAUUUAUGCCGAAUCGUCAUGCUAUUGACACAUAUGUUGGUGAACCUAUCGAAUUGCCUAAAUUAGAUAAUGAUCAGAUCACUCCAGAUAUCAUCGACAAAUAUCACGGGCAAUACAUGGAUGCAUUGAGACGUUUAUUUGAUACAUACAAAGCGAAACACGGCAAUGCUGAUGCAACAAUCAAAUAUAUCAACGAUAACGAAUAG